UGUCAUUGUCACAUGGUCUUGGUGGUAUUUCCCAAAUGGAAAUUUUACGAAAAAAGUAAAACAUUUUAUUACGAAACACAGGUUCUUUAUAUUACCGAUUAUCAGUAUUAAUAAUUUAAUUACUCUCCAGUAGAAAUCAAGACACGAUGCAGGCUGUGCUAUUAGUUUUUAAAAUAGGGAGGUGAUCAUUUCUUCUGAACCAGACAGACAUGGCGAAAGCUUCAAUAACCAAAGAUGGCGUCACUCGUGACGUCACAGACAUGGCGAUGGGCGGCACGUCGGCCAUGUUUGCGACGAUCUUCACCAAUCCCAUCGAAGUCGUUAAAACUCGACUGCAACUGCAAGGCGAGCUGGCUGCAAGGGGCAAGCACGCGGUGUUUUACAAGAACGUCCCCCAUGGCUUGUACGUGAUAGCCAGAACAGAGGGAAUCGUUGCUCUACAGAAUGGACUACCUGCUAUGCUGGGGUUUCAGUUCUUUCUCAAUACUUUUAGGUUAGGUGUGUACCGUAUAUCGGAACGCCGUGGUCUGAUUACCGUCGACGGUCGUACCUCAGUAACACGCGGUGCUCUAGCGGCUGGAGUGGGCGGGGCGUUGGGUUCCAUCGCUGGAACUCCCUUCUUCCUAGUGAAGACCAGACUACAAGCGCAGGCCACUGCAGCGAUCGCCGUGGGCCACCAGCACAAACAUAGCGGGACUAUGAGCGCGCUCACUGCGAUAUUCCGCAGUGAAGGAAUCAAAGGUUUAUUCAGAGGCGUAGGCCCUCAAAUUCCUCGGGGUGCGGUUGGCAGCAGUUCCCAGAUGGUCAGCUUUGCCUUCGCCAAGGAGUGGCUCCGAGACCGCGGUGUACAGGCGCCCUUACUCCUGUCCUUCCUAGGUGCUAACCUGGGAGGCGUCGUCAUGACGCUUUGCUUGAACCCCUUCGACGUCAUCGCCACUCGCCUGUCCAACCAACCGGUCGACAGCAACAACAGAGGCAAACUGUACCGCGGAAUGCCAGACUGUUUCCUCAAGAUGCUGCGUACUGAAGGCGCAAGCGCGUUCUACAAGGGAGUCACCGCAAAUUAUCUGAGGUUGGGACCGCAUACCGUCCUGUUGCUGGUCUGCUGGGACCAACUCAAGAUACUGGAAGAAUAUUUAAGAAGCUGACGAACCCAGAGAUCUUUAAUAACAGAUCUAAAUCUAGUGAUAUUAAACGGGUCAAUAUACGAUUUGACAUAAAGACAGAUCCGCGUGAUCUUAGGUCUUUAAAAAUUACGUGGGAACUCUUUAGUAAAAAGUAGCCUAUGCCACUCUCUAGAAACUAUGCCUAUGCAAAAAAUCUAUGUAAAAUUAUGGAAUGACAAACCACAGACGCACGUUCGCAUUUAUACUAGGUUAGUGAGAUAGUGCUAAGCUGUUGAACUUAGUACUACCAAAAAUUCUUCACAGACCUAUUAUAGGAAUUUGUCCUUUAUAGAAGACU